CACAAAGCCACUAUGGAGGCCGUUCCCGUCGCCGAUUCUGGAAAAUAUAUUCCAGCAUCACAACGUCCUGAUGGGACUUGGCGAAAACCAAGGCGUGUGAGGGAAGGAUAUGUGCCUCAGGAGGAAGUGCCAGUGAAAAUGACGUGAUAUUUCCAUCCAAUGCAAGUCAACCUUUCCAAGUAUUGCUGAAUCGGUGCACCCACGCUCCCCUUCUGCUCGCAUUUGGAGAUCUUCAUAAAUGCACUUAUUCCACGUGCACCUUUCGCAAUGAUGUGCAAAAGCCUUUUGUGCAAAGCUGUUAUUAAAAGGUACGAGAACAAGUUUGUGAAGUUUUUCAAAAGCAAACCAGACCUGCCGCCAGGCCUUAACCCAGAUGAAUCCAUCAAAAGCAAGCAGCAACAGUCAAAGCAGGAAGGAGAGCUAGCUGGGUUAUCCAAGUCAGCUAAACGCAACCUCAAGCGCAAAGAGAAGCGCAAACAGCAGCAGGAAAGUGACGGCACCGCCGAGGCCGAUGAGCUGAGCCAAACGUUGCAGAAAACCACCAUUGCUGGUGGCAGUGGCAAUCCAAGCCCGCAGGCUGCGGCGCUGCCGGGGGACCACGAUGGAGCAGAGAAGGCAAAAAAGGUAAAAAAUCUCAAAAAAAAACUGCGCCAAAUCGAUGAACUACAGCAAAAGCUAGACUCUGGCGAGAUUAAGCAGGCGACAAAAGAGCAGCUGGAAAAGCUGAGCCGCCGAAAACAGCUGAUGGAGGAGCUGGAGGAUUUGGAACUGGGUUUAUAGGAAAAACGUGUAUUCCAAGGAUACGGGGAGAGUCAUUAUUCCAUAUCCAUGCCAAGUAACUGUCAGACAAUAAUGGGCACGCAUCCUAAAGAGAUCAAGGGUCGCACAAUGGGACAGCAUUGCCCAUGCUGGCCCUUGUAAUCAUGCGGCCUUCAUGUUGGUUUUAUUAGAACUGAUGGAACUAUUUUUUAAAAUUUCCUUCUGAUAUGCAAGAAAGCGAUAUGGAAUUAAUGUACUAUUUAGUAGACGGCGUUGAGUCUUCACUGUUACACUACGCGACUACAAAUUGUCUUUCCACUGCAUUUCUCGUUGCGUGUUUGGCCUGAACCAGGGGUUCGCCAUGCUGAGAAGCCUGAUCAUCAUCUCAAGUGCUUUUGCAUAAUGGGGAAAAUAAGAAUCCAGUGUUAAAUUCACCAGAAGUGGUUACAGCACUUUUGUUUUCGCCUUCCCUCCAAGUGUCUCAUCUUUCAUUUUUGUGUAAUAGAAUUCAGAUUGAGAAACAAAUUAAAUGACGGGGAAUAAGAUGUAUUAUCAAAUGGGAACAUUGAAAUCGAAAUUACCCUCUUCGGGCUGCUGUUGCACUAAGUGAUAUCUGCCGAUUAUUUUUGAAUUGUGCUUGCUCCCAUUGUUGGGGAUAAUUAAAUUGAUAUUUGUAUGUCUCCCAUGUGGUGAACUCCUGUCUAAAGGUUUUAAUAAAAUCACUUUUCUUUGUGCCCUUAAAAGUACAGAGUGAGCAUGCUCAGAAAUGUUUCUUUUGUAUACAAGUUUUGUAUACAAGUGACAGCUGUGAUUCACUGGUAUAAAGGUACAGUGCAUUAGUGAUUUGAACUAAUUGAAUCCAGUGCUAUUGUUAGCCUGUUUCUUACUUGAUUUGCUCUAUUUCUUUGUUUGUGUAAUUGGUAUCAUUUCAUAGUUAGCAGUUUUCUCACAAUGUGGAUCAUAAGCAGUUCCAAAUAAUCAAACCUCUACCUACGCUCCAGCCUCUGCACUUUGAAUGUAAUUCAUUUUAUGUGAAGUUCUGUGCAACGUUUCUCAGAGAAGGCGCUAAGUUAAUGCAAAUCUCUCCUCAAGCUGCCUGUCUGUAUUGAAUGCAGAUGUGAAUGGAGUUAGGGUAGUACUGCCAAGUGGCACUCGUGGGAAAACUUCUCUACUGGCAUAAUUGAUAUUACAUAAAACUGGUUUCUUUUCCUACCAAUAAUACAUGCAUAUUAAGUACUUGUGUUCAUAGAUGGUAAGGCCUCUGAACAUUCUCCAGGUAAUGGAGAUAAGAGGGAGGGUGACAUUGCAUUUUUCUCAAUUCAUUACUAAUCAAGACAUAUUGACUGCGGAUGGGUACGGAAGUUGGUGUGGUAUUGAUAGUCUUGCUGCCAAAUGGCAACACUUUGAGAUGGGCAAAAGAGACCUCCGAACUGCUGAAGUUGCUUCACUUUGGAGUGGAUGUCUACCCAAUGAUAUAUGCAGGUAAUGUAUCUGUCCGCGCACAAUUUUAUUAAGGUAAUACAAGGAAAGAUUGAGUGUGGUUUUUUCAGUGAUCUAAAUUCAAUGAGAAUGUCAGUUUAAUAUAUUGGCUAAUGCUUAAAAGCCAUAUUUUAUGUUAAGUCUGUCCAUCCUAAUUGAAAUACCAAAAUCAAUGCCCAGUUUUCAUUAUACUUGCAAUUUAUUUUGACAUUUUAAAAUUGAAAAUUAUGAAAACUGCCAAUGCUGUUUGGGACUUGUCAUUGACUUUUUAAAUGUACUGUAUAUUUUGGAUGUAGAACAGAACUUGUUAUGUGGAGGAAAUAGAGUUAACAUAGAACAAUUGUUAAGGGAUGUGACUUAAAAUGGCAGCUGGUGAUCAAUAUAUACUUGAAAAUGUACUUGUUUAACUUGGAGUCUUGUUUCUAACUUGAAUCCUGUUUUAAAUAUAACCCAGAUUUCGAUACACUUUCAAAAGUGAUCUGCUUGAAUAACCAAGAGAUUACGGAGUUUUGAAUGUAGGCUUGGAGUGAGCAAUGAAUUAGUUCAUAUAAUUUUUGUAAGGGUCUCUGCAGCGGGCACAAGAACUAUUGUCAUUCCAUCUUGCUGUAUUCAGUGUGGUUAUUUUAUAGUUCCUUGAGCAGUGGUGCUGCCACAGGUUCUGUGGUGGUUCAGGCUGCUGAUAUUAGCCCACCUCCACAACCAACAGAAUGGGUAUUUGUGGAGGACAAGGCAUCGCUUAAAUUUUGUAAGAAAAUUCAUAUAGUAGCUUGUGCAAUAGAACCAGCUCUGAUGCUUUGGCUACUAUAAACUUGGGACCAAAUCAAACAAAUGGGUAAACCUUGAUGAAGGCGCAAUGUGCUGCUGCAUUAUGACGUGAUGCAAGUUCAUACCAACAAUUUCUCAUGUAGCUAGGGUGAAUGGGAAAAGUUGGUUUUCUCCCGAGGAUGGCUGGUACAUGUUACAGUAGCUACGUGGUUUAGUUACCCAACCAGCACCCAGGGUUCUGGAUGUGAAUUUGAAUCACGCCAUGACAGCUGGGAAAUAAAUAUAUUAAGUAAUUAAAUCCAUAAUUUAUUUUAUAAAACAAGUUAACCUUGGUAAAUGUAAACAUGAAAAUACUGGAUUGUUGUAAAAGCCCAUCUGGUUGACUAAUGUACUUCAGGGAAAGAAGUCUGCAGUUAGUACCUGGUCUGGCCUGUAUAACUCCAACCAACCAAUGUGGUUGACUCCAAACUGCCACCUCAGUUCGGAGGCAAUUGGGGAUGGACAAUAAAUCUUAGCAGUGCCAGUGACAUCCACAUCCCACGAAAGAACAAAAAAUCCUAAAGAAUCAGUUUUCCAGCCUAAAAAAACCUCUGUGUACAGAGUAGCACUAGCAGAAGGUUUUCCUUUCUAAUCUAGUUCUUAACUCAUUGUUUAAAACUAAGCCUGAUUACAAAGUUGCUAAUUAACAGGAAUCAGGAGCCUAAAUGCAAGCUAAAGUUUAUCCCUCUUGCAAACCCAAGGGUACCAGGGCCACUUAACAAUCCAGGCUGCCUGGAUCAGCUAUCUUGGGACAGGCUGCCAAUUGAGGGGAAAGUGCAGGACAGUUCAACCCACUUGUGCAAAGAAAUUGCACAUUAGUGAUUGUUGGGUGACCCUUGGGAUCAAGCUAGAUUAGCCUGUUGCCAGCAGCCCAGUCUCUAACCAGAAAAAUAGUUGCAUUAAGCUAGGUAACAUCCUUCAUGUUAUACCUCAGUAAAUUCUGCAUUAAAUACAUUUCUUAUUUGAGAGACUUAGUUUUUGGAAGGUGUACUGAUCAGUGAUUAGAUGUGAGCAGGUCUAGUAAAUAUUUGAGAUCAAAAGGCCAAUCCUUUUGGCAGUUUUCUUAAAAAUUAUUUUUUAGGGAUGUGGGAAGUGGGGCUGUGGCUAAAACUGAGCCCUUAAAUGUUUCUGAAAAUUGUACCAUGAUGAGGUGAGCAAAUCUAAAAUACAGUUUUAGAUCUGUGAUCUUUCUCCUCUCAAGCCUUUAGUAGCUCUUCAGGUAGAGUUUGCUGUUUUGCUUCUGUUUUUACACCCAGCAUGCUCUUGAUUCCCAUUUACUUGAAUGAGUGAUUGGGAGAGGAGUCCUAAGCUGCCUUUUUCUUUCCUCGCUGGGGGUGUUGACUUCAUUUGUGGUAGCUCUAUAGCUGACUUGGCUGAGAGUAGCUACCUCAGCACAUUCCAAAAAUUGACUCUGAUACUUUCUAGUCGGUACGGUUUAGCAUUACGCAAAGAGGCGUGUUUGCAGUGCUGCAUGGAUUAAAAUCAGGUUUUCGCUUCCAGCAGAAGAACUGUUUGUCUCUUUGUACCACCCAUUGUAUAAUAAAACUUCUUGAAUUUGAUUCAAGGGAAUUGGAAGUAAUAGUAGUCACCUCCCAGUAUCCCAGUUCUUGGCACUGGAGUAUUUGACUUUUAACAAGAUUUUAACUUAAGAAUGGAAAUAAAAUAUUUUACUGUAAGUAACUAUCAGAAGUGUGUUGCUUGCUGUGUGUGAUAUUGUGUGGACUAUCAGUGACUGGUAAAAAAAAACAUUUCCAAAACUAGUGAAUAAA